AUGCCUACGUCUUCGAAUCUAUCCUCCUGUAUAGAGCCGGAGUUGUGCAACGUAGACAAAGGCCUACAUCCGUCACGCAGAGUCUGUACAUCGACGAGCCUGCCUGCUCAUAUCAACAGGCGACCACACGUUUCCUACGACGCGAAGUAUAUGAUAGCCAGCAUACCACCGCUGACUCUACUAGCGGAUGAAGGUGGGUGCAUUAACCAGCGCCGCCCCGAGGACGUCAAGGAGGAAGAGAGGAGAGAGACAUUAAGCAAGUGGCAGGCCCGGUGGGACCGGUACUUAAAGGGCCGAUGGACAUACUGGCUAAUUCCGAACAUCACAGAAUGGGUCGAGAGGGGACAUGGAGAAGUGGACUACUAUCUAACACAACUCCUAUCCAGACAUAGCUACUUCAAAAGCCUUAGCCAGCGCUAUGAUAACACCAUCAGCACACUCUGUCCGGCCUGCCCAACCACAAUAGAAGACGCGGAGCAUGCGUUCUUUCGCUGCCCGUAA